AUGCUAUAAUUUAGAGGAUUCAUGAUUUUUGAUUUAAAAAGGUCAAUAUUUUUCUUUGAAAUGCGAAGAGAUAUUGAAUUAGACUUUAAGUGGUUUACUUUAUAGAAAGAAAUUAGAAAGAAAUUUAUUGAUUAAGAUGUUUUAGAGGAUAAAGUGUUAGAGAUGUAUUCUGGUUAUGGAAAAGUAAGAGGUAAAUUUGAUGAUUUUUAAAGUAUUUUCAUUAUUAUAUAAUAGAAAGGUUUCUAAUUCUAAUAGCCUAAAAUUCAGUUGAGGAUAUUUAUUUAGCUGAACUAUUAAAUGAAAUUUUUGCCAUUUUAAUCGUCUAAGAACAUUAUAAUAAGGUAUAUCACUUCUUAUAUACAGUUCUUCAAAGAAGAGUUAGAAUUCUAAGGUUUUUUUGAGGUUGAAAAGAAAAUAUAAGAAAAAGAAUAUUAUUUAAACUAAAACUCUUAUUCAAAGCAUGUUAUCCCCAGUCUUUUCUAAUAAAUUUAAUAAUAUAAAGAACUUUCAAGUUCUAAUGAUUUAGAUUAAUUAUUGGAUGAAUAGCAAUAAUCUGACUCCUUUUCAUAAAAAUAAAUAAUUUAUAAAGGAUUCACAAUUUUUGAUACAUUUAGAUAAUGCUUUUAUAUGUUAAUUAAAAGAGGAUUUGCAAAUGACAAUUUAUGGAAGAUGUAAAGAAUGCAAAUAUAAUAAUUUCUAUUACAGAGAUCAAAGAAUCCAUUAUAACACUUCUUUUUGAAUUCUGAAAUGGGCUAAUUCUUAUUUGAGUAUGAUAUUUAGGCAAGUAAAUAAUUUAGACUAAAUAUCUAGAAAAUUAUUUUAUACUUAUUACAAAUUCAUCAUCAGCCUAACAUCCGCAAUGUUAAUUACUUUAAAAAUUAAAAGCCUUAGUUUAAAGAAUACCAAACUAUUAAAAAGUAAAAAAAAUAAAAAUAAUUAGUUAUAUAAACCAGAAUUAGAAAAUAAUUUAAAAUAGCAAUUAUUAGGAGUAAUUGAAGCUGAGGAAAGAAUUUAUUAUUAAAUAUACUGUCCUAAUUGGAUUGAAAAAGAAAAGAAAAUAAACAGAAAAAUAAUAAAAUAAAGAGGACUUACAGAAAUGUCAUUUAAAAAUGAUGGAAUAAUGUGCUUUGAUGAAUUUUCAUUAACAGAUUAUCUAAGUUAGAGAGAUAAAUUUGUGCCUGAUUUUUUGUGA